UUUCUCACUUUCUAUUGGCUCCCGCUGGUGUCAGUCACUGUGCUUCCUGUUUCACUGUGCGGUUUGUUAUUGACGAGUAGCUCAUUUAAAUGUGACGGGAAAUGUUGACGGUCGGAGUUGAUGAAGUUGGAAAAUGAAAGGUUUAAUUCCUCUGUGAACCAGCUACAUAUAAAGACGCACACAAGAUGUCAGGGGCCCACGAGCACAACAGGAAGCGCCGCCCCCCUAAAAUGUUUUUGAUCUCGACCGACCUGAAGGUCCAGGACCAGCUGGACGGUACCAUUCGGCUGCAGCGGGGGUUCAUCUGCCAGGAACAAGAUUCGGGCAAGAACAGAGGCGAAUUCCUUUGGGUCAAGGUGUUGGACAAUGGCAUCAUGUUAAAACUAGAGAGGAAGUUCCUGCAUGAAGUCCCAGCUGACCUCAACGGCCUGUUGGAGCCUGUAUCUGAUCCGGAGGCCCGCCUAAAACUUCUAAACAAUCCCGGGAAACUGCAGCAGUUUGCUAGUUUGCCUGUCGAUGCUCCGCUGUGGGUCCAAAUAGGCCAACAGGAUGAGCUGGCAGAGGCAGAGCUUAAAUACAUUGGGCCGCUGACCAGAGGGAGCAGCGCUGUGUAUUUUGGGAUACAGCUGAAGGGUUCAGCAAUAGGUAAAGGACUGGGCAACGGUUCCUUUAAAGGCCAUCGGCUCUUCACCUGCCCCGAAGCCUGCGCCCUCUUCGUCCCGGUCAGCCACAUCAGGCUACGCCACUGGUCUCGCAGCAAUGGCGCCGACUCACACGAGCGGGCCCGUGAGCGAGACCAUCGCAGCAGUAGCAACAAUCACCCCAGCAACGGGCACCAUAGCAACCACGACCGCCCAAUUCAGCAGCAGCAGCAGCACGGCCGUCACAUUAGUUUCCACCAGCAUCGUCCCAGCAGCCCUCCUCAGCCACAAGCUUGUGGCAUCCUUCCUCGAACAGCGGAGUCGGCACCCAUCACAGCUCCGGUCCAGGUCCAAGGCCCCGCAUCACCUCCACCGUUCCAUGUUGGCCAGCGGGUGUGUUUCCCCCUGGAGGACAAUGUCUAUGGGGGGGACGUCCGCUUCUGUGGUCUCCUCCCUGGCCGGUCCUCGUCAGGGAUGUACGUCGGAGUCCUGCUGGACACUCCUGUUGGUAACUGGGACGGGCUUUAUAAGGGAGAGAAGCUCUGCCACAUUCCCAACAGCCUCUAUGGACUACUGCUGCCAAUCACCAAGGUUUCCUCAGAGCCUAAAUCCCACCGUCACAACCCUCCUCAAAUUCCCAAAUCCAUCCUGAAGCCUGUGCCGCCCCCCGUCACUAAACCAGGCCCUACUUCACCACCCGCCUCUGCUCCCAAGGUCGCCCUGAUGCCCCCCAGUAAACAAGCACUUAAGCCUCCUCCGUUGCCGCCACCAAAACUGACCCACAAACCCGUGCCUCCUCCCCCUCUCCCACCUCCCAAACCAUGCAGCCCAACGUCACCAACUGCCACCGACCAGCUGCAGCACACCAACGGCAUACACGGCCCUCCUUCGCCGCUGAGAUCAGCAGACAUCGGUGAAGCUGCUGGGGAGAACGGAGAGGCAGGACUGGAGGGCAAGCUGGAGGUGGGGUCGAUGGUUGAAGUGAAUGACCCACCACUUUUUGGGGUUAUUCGCUGGAUUGGACGGAUCAGUGGGAUUACAGAGCCAGUGGCAGGAAUUGAGCUGGACCAGGAUCUGUCUGCAGGAACAGAUGGCAGUUACCUCGGUGAACGUCACUUCCGUUGCCCGGCCAACAAGGGGCUGUUUGUCAAGCUACGCAACUGUAGACGGGACUCCAGGUUUCCCGCCCCUGAGACACCUGUCAAUCAAGUGGAGCGAUGCAACUCUAUAGCCUUUGCAGAGUGGGGCAGCGAGCGUGUGGAGGAGCACAUGCCUCCUGCGGACGGGGACGAGGCCAGUGGGCUCUAUCAGGGCUGGAAGAAAGGCAUCCAGGGUCACCUCAACUCCUGCUACCUGGACGCUACGCUGUUCAGUCUGUUCUCCUGCUGCAGUUCAGCAGACUGGGUGUUGUUUUGGCCCUCUGACCCUGAAACUGACUCCAGUCAGGCUCAGGACCUGCUGCGCUGUGAGAUAGUCAACCCCCUGCGAAGGUAUGGCUACGUGUGUGCCAGUAAGACCAUGGCCUUGAGACGACUGCUGGAGGCUGCGAAUAGCAACACAGGCUUCACCAACCAGGAGAAAGAUCCUGAAGAGUUCCUCAACAAGCUUUUCCAGCUCCUCCAAGUUGAGCCGCUCCUAAAAAUCAGAUCGAUGACUCUGCAGCCUCAGGAGUGUCACCUCUAUCAGCUCUUCCCGCCUACCCUUCCUCUCUCUCCCUCUUCGCCCUCACCCCUCUCCCCAGUUGACUCCCCCAUCCUUCUCACCCCGCCAUCGCCCAGUCGGAUAAGGGUCGCCAGCGUCCAGGCGCUGCUCGAGUCCUCCUUCCUCCACGCUGGCCUAAAGUUUGUCGAGGCUCCCUCCUGCCUCUUACUGCUCAUGCCCAGGUUUGGAAAGGAAUUCAAAAUGUUUGACGCCAUCUUGCCCUCCCUCAGCCUGGACAUCACAGACCUGCUGGAUGACACUCUGAGACAGUGCAGUAUCUGUCAGGCUGUAGCUGAGUGGGAGUGUCUUCAGUGUUAUGAAGACCCAGACAUCACUCCCGGUCGUCUCAAACAGUACUGCCAGACCUGCAACACACAGGUCCACAGUCACAGGAAGCGGGCGUCCCACCUCCCUGUGAAGGUUGCUGUCCCCGGGGGUCCGUGGACCGGCCCUCUACACUGCACCCGCCAGCGAAUGUCUCUCUUUGCCGUGACUUGCAUCGAGACCAGCCAUUACGUGAGCUUCGUCAAGCACGGGCCCCUCCCCACCGACUGGCUGUUUUUUGACAGCAUGGCAGACCGGGAAGGCGGCGAGAAUGGCUUCAACAUCCCCCAGGUGAAGCCAUGUCCAGAGGUGGGCCGCUACCUGAGCCUGUCAGAGCAGGAGCUGAGCAGAGUUGACCCCGCCUCCUUACAGGAGCCCGCCCGCCGCCUGCUCUGUGACUCCUACAUGUGUCUGUACCACAGCCCUGAGCUCAGCCUAUACAAGUGACGUCAACACACAACACACACACACAUCUGGGCGUGGAGCGAGAUACUGUACAACUAAUACAAACAUAUUGUACUCAGGUUCUUAUCUAACUGUCAGAUUCACUUUUUUCAGCCUCUUAGGCCCUGCUCACACUUGGCAGUAAAAUGCAUCUUGGAUGAUCCUAGCCUCAGUUUGUGCCUCUCGUGCGUUACCAUUACAUUCAAAUUGCAGAGCUAAGCAUCCAAUUUUAAGAAAAAUAAAUACCUGUUUCUUAACUCUAGUUCCUAAUACAAGCAAAGAUAGUGGCCGGAAAUAACAUAUGGACAUGCUCAAUUUGUACAAUAAAAACCAAACUGUAAGAGUUACUUUGUAUUAUAAUAAUGUGUUAAUGUUUUUCUUGUGUUUUUCUUGUGUCAUUUCUGGCUUCCUGGAUAGAAAACGAGUCGUAACUUGUGAAACUGGAUACAAAUUGUUUUUGUUUGUUUUUUGUUGUGCAGAAGACAGAAAAAAAAAUUUCAUCCAGAUUGUUGAGUAUUAUUAUUAUUUUUUUUUUAAAGAUUAUUUUUUGGCAUUUCUGCUUUAUUAUGGUAGUGAUAGCUGGAGAGAGACAGGAAAGGCAGGAGAGAGAGGGGGGAUGACAUGCAGCAAAGGGCCCAGGCUGGGGCCGAGGCGGCAAGGAGGGUCGACUCGAAUGCUUAGCUCUGUGCCUCAAAUGCAAUGGUAAUACAUGAGAGGCACAAACUGUAAUGAUGAUCCUAAAACAACUAAUCAGCUCAAAGUAAAGGUAUGACUGCCACAAAGUGAUCUUAUACCUUAAGCCACAUUCAGCGCAGUGGGAAUGCAGGUUAGAGCCAGACCAAUACAUCAGCUGGGUUUGUAUUAUUGGCCAAUAUUAGUUUAUCACAGAUAUAUUGAUAUCUGCACAUAUGUUGACCCGAUAAGUAACAAAAAAUCGCAGUACAGAAAUGUUAAACAUGUGUUUGACUGAACAGGGCCUCAGAACUCCUUAUAAUCUCUUCAGACAAAAUAGAAAUGUGACAAUCAAAAAAAUUCACAUGAGAACAGCUGUAUGACCCACGUCAUCUAAUGCGCCUAAUGAGCAAACAGCCUGUAGUUUAGUGGUGGUGUAAGAGCUUUGUACACUCAUGAACUUGGUGGAAAAAUGAGUUUGAUGGGUGGCAGUAAAGGUCUUUACACCUGAGUUUACCUGUGCCUUAAUAAAGCUCACACACUGUGCAGAGCCACUGUGCCUCUAACGUGUAACAAGAGUAAACUUUAAAAUUCAGUUUGCACUGCUUCAUGUAAAUAUGAUAUGAUUGCCUUUAACUGACUGUGAAGACUGCACACAGAUGUUUAAACUUUUGUAUUGCUUACGGGUUGUUUAAUAUAAUACAGCAGCACGCAAUGGGGACAAUGUCCUCGCUAAUAAAUGCUUUGAUACUCUUCCA